CCCGGGCCCUGAUUACAGGAUGCCGGUGCAGGUGCACGCUCGCCUGUUGGGGAAAAACGAGUCAGUGAAGGAGGUCCGGAAGUUUGAUGUCUCUCAGUCAUUUUUCCAUCGCAACUUUGCGUAUUUUCACACCAAGAUCGCAGAAGCGUUUCAUCUGAGAAAACGUUUCAAGCUCUACUACAAAGAUAAUGAUGAGAUGGUGGUGUUCUCCUCUGAUAAUGAACUGGCCACAGCUCUGACAACCGUACAGGACAACGUCUUCAACGUCUACAUCAAAGUUUCUGAACAAUCCAAGUCCAAACCCAAGCCAAACAACGUUUGACCUCUGAGAACAUCUGCUGGAAACCUGAACACCAACCCACCCUGUGUUACUGACACACACUCACACAAACCCACACUUCCCCUAGGGGAUUAAUACAGUAUAUCUUCUUCUUCUUCUUCUUCUUCUUCUUCUUCACUGGUUUCCAUGGAAACAACAGAUUAAUGUUCUUCAGGCCUCAAUCUUGUUUUAAACUUUUAUUUUUUUCAGUAUGUUUUAUUGUUUAUUGUUAGAGGGGCAGAGUAUCAUGUAAACAGAGUUACA